AUGUCCAACUCCCUUAUAGUCGUGGGCGCACAGGGUCGCAAAAUCACAGUUCCGACGGGUUUAUUUAUCCAUAAUCAGUUUGUGCCGUCCUGUAUUGGUCAGACAUUGCAGGUGGAGAAUCCCACCACCGGUGAGGCCCUCGGCACCAUCUCGGCUGCUGGCAAAGAGGACAUUGACAAAGCUGUACAGUCCGCAAAAGCAGGGUUUGAAGCCUGGAAGGCUGUGUCAGGGCCCGCCAAGGGUCGACUACUUCUCAAACUUGCGGAUCUGAUUGAGCGGGAUGCGCAGGAACUCGCAUCUUUGGAGUCAGUCGAUGCCGGCGUACUGUAUGCCGACUCGAUUGGGAUGAACAUUCCACAGGCGACGGGUUGCCUCCGAUACUAUGCUGGCUGGGCCGAUAAGAUUGAUGGCAAGGUCCUCGAGCUGGACGGCGGCAUUGCCUACACUCAUCGAGAACCGCUUGGAGUCUGUGCUGCUAUCGUCCCUUGGAAUGCUCCUCUCAUGAUCACCAUCUGGAAGCUUGCUCCCGCGUUGGCCACCGGGAAUGCCUUGAUCAUCAAAUCCUCCGAGCUCUCCCCCCUUUACGCUCAGCGCUUGGCGCAGCUGGUCCAGGAGGCCGGUAUACCCGCCGGCGUAGUCAACAUUGUCCCUGGCGAAGGAGCCACUGCCGGGCAGGCCCUUUCCGAGCACAUGGAAGUUCGUAAGGUCGCAUUCACCGGGAGUGCACUAGCGGGACGUAAGAUCCUUCAAGCGGCAUCUCGGACGAACUUGAAGAAAGUCAGUCUGGAACUCGGGGGUAAGGGGCCAUCUAUUGUUUUCGAUGAUUGUGACCUGGCAAACGCAUUGCUGUGGACCCGUAUCGGUAUCACCGCGAAUAAUGGCCAAAUUUGCGCCGCAGGAUCCCGCAUUUACGUCCAGGCAUCAAUCUACGAACGUUUUAUCGAAGCAUACAAGAAGGCGGCGUUAGAUAACCCUUCGGUCGCCGGAAAUCCAUUAGAUCCCUCGACGACGAAAGGCCCUGUAGUCAGUCGGGAUCAACACCGGAAGAUACUGGAUUAUAUCCGACAAGGCCAGGAGUCGGGUGCUCGCCUGUUAUUUGGUGGAGAGCAAAUCGGCAACAAGGGUUAUUUUGUUCAGAAUACCGCUUUUGCUGACGUGACCGAGGAUGCAACAAUCAUGCGAGAAGAAAUCUUCGGCCCCGUUGCGAGCAUUGCCAAAUUCUCCACCGAGGAAGAAGUUAUUGCUAAGGCCAAUGACUCUCACCACGGUCUCAGCGCCGCCAUUUUUACCAACGAUGUCAGCCGCGCCCAUCGAGUCACCAAGGCAUUAGAGUCAGGACAGGUGACCGUAAAUGCGUGGGCAAUGCUGAGUCCCAAUGUGCCCUUUGGCGGUGUUAAGGAGAGUGGGUUUGGUCGCGACAUGGGUGAGGAUGCGUUAGAAGGGUGGACAACGGUGAAAUCGGUCAAACAUCAUAUUCUUCCUCGUCUCUGA